CUACUGAGCCCCCCAGUCCUUACAGCUUUCCCCCUCCCCAAAGUGGCUGCAUCUCAGUGCCAAGUGAACUGUCCCCGUUUGGCGUUGUGCGGCUGUUCCCCAGUUGCCCCGCCCCAGAAGUGGCUGCAUCUCAGCGUCUCUGUGCAGCCAGCAUUGCUGUGCAGCUGUUCCCUAGGUGCCCUGCCCCACAGCCGCUUGUCCUCGCCUGUUGUUCAUUGUGAUGCGGAGAAUGGUUUGGCCAGUUGUAAAUUCAAGGGCGGCUUUGCUUCCUGGUGACUGACAAAGGCUCAUGAACACACAGGCUUCUUUUGUCUUUCCUUUUGUCAGAGAGGAAAUUGCUCUCCAGUCUGCUCAGGGUUCCCACAAGCCACAACCCUGAGGGAGGAACCCAGGCAUCCGGGGUAGCAAAGCCGUAAAUUAUAGCCCUGCGAGUCGCCACCUGCCACAGAGAGGUCAUUCAGUCUGGGCCUGGGUGGGGACAUCUGGCCCAGGCCUUUUGGGGGCGGGAGGGCUCGGGAUGUGGCAGGGCUGGGACCCAGGAGUCCGGGACCACAGUGUUGGGGGCUCAUCUCAAGAGGGCCCCGCAUCUCCCAGGGAGCGAGGGGGAUGGGAAGCAGGCGUCCAGGGCAGAGAGAGAGGAUUGGGCCUGAUGGAGUGGGGCCGGGCCCGGCAGGUCUAUCUGGUGACGGGCGGCUGUGGGUUCCUGGGCUCCCAUCUGGUGCGGAUGCUGGUGGAGCGGUCGCCCAACGUGGCCGAGGUGCGCGUCUUCGAUCUGCAGCUGGAUCCGGCCCUGCGGCAGCUGGGGACAGACAAGGUGAAGGUGACCCUGAUCUUGGGGGACAUCAGUAGCCCCACAGACGUUGGGGCUGCCGUGAAGGGUGCGGACGUGGUGAUCCACGCAGCCAGCUUGGUGGACGUGUGGGGCAGGGUCCCACCCGAGAAGAUCACGGAGGUGAACGUUCACGGGACCAAGAACGUGAUUGAUGCCUGCAUCGAGCAUGGGACCCAGUAUCUGAUCUACACCAGCAGCAUGGAGGUUGUUGGCCCCAACACCAAGGGGGAUCCCUUCUACAGGGGGAAUGAGGACUCGGCCUAUGAUGCCCAGCACGAGCAGCCAUACCCCCUGAGCAAGGCGCGGGCCGAGCGCAUGGUCAUCGAGGCCAAUGGGACACCUCUGGGGGGUGGCCGGUGGCUGGUGACCUGCGCCCUGCGCCCCACGGGGAUCUAUGGGGAGAAACACCCGCUAAUGAAGGAAUUCUACGAGAAGGGGCUGCAGACGGGACGGAGGCUGCUCCGGGCCAUUCCCGUCAGCACCGAGCACGGCCGGGUCUACGUGGGCAACGUGGCCUGGAUGCAUGUGCUGGUGGCGCGGCAGAUGCAGGAUGCCCCGGCAGCCAUCGGGGGUCAGGUCUACUUCUGCUACGACGCCUCCCCCUACAAGAGCUACGAGGACUUUAACAUGGAGAUCCUGGCCUCCUGCGGCUUCCGCCUCCUGGGCUCCCAGCCCGUCGUGCCCCACUGGCUCCUACGUUGCCUGGCCCUGGCCAACAACCUCCUCCGGCGGCUUCUCCGGCCCUUCUUUUCCUACGCCCCCCUGCUCAACCCGUACACCCUGGCCGUGGCCAGCACCACCUUCACGGUGCAGACGGACAAGGCCCAGCGCCACUUCGGCUACCAGCCUCUCUACACCUGGGAGGAGAGCCGAGCCCGCACUGUGGCCUGGAUCCAGGAGGUCGACGCCCAGAGAGAGGCGGGGAAGUAGAGCCGGUGGAGCCAGAUGGUAGUGGGGAACUGAGCAGCUGGGCCUUGGUUCCAGCCUUCAUGUUUCUUUGCAAUGAAUCCAGCUCCGGAGAGAGGAAUCCAGAUCCAGGUGUUGUUCCAACCCGCCAGUGCCAGGGGAUGUGGGAAUCCGGAUCCGGUUUUGCUCCAUCCCGUGGCUGUCAGAGCAGGGGAUGUGGGAAUCUGGAUCCGGUUUUGCUCCAUCCCGUGGCUGUCAGAGCAGGGGAUGGGGGAAUCCGGAUCCGGGUUUUGCUUCCAUCCUGUGGGUGUCGGAGCAGGGGAUGGGGGAAUCCGGAUCUGGGUUUUGCUCCAUCCCGUGGCUGUCAGAGCAGGGGAUGGGGGAAUCCGGAUCCGGGUUUUGCUCUGAUCCUACCUACAUCCUUCCAGUGAAUCUGGCUCCAUGGAGAUGGAUUCCGGAUCCGGGUUUUGCUGCCAGCCUGUGCACCUCAGUGCAGAGGCAUUGGCCAGUCCAGGUCUUGUCUCAUCCCAGCACACCGCGACCCGGUUUCCUUGGGAUCCGGAUCUGUGUUCCACUCCCGGAAUCCAGGUUUUGCUCCCCCCCCAGUGCAUUCCUGCAGACCAUCCCGCCCUGAUUGCAAAUGGAUCCAGAUCUGGAUUUUGUUACCACCCUGGUGCUUUGGUCCAGAUCCCCAGUGCACUUCUGGGGAGGAACCAGCUCUACCCUAAAGGGAUCUGGACAUGGAGUGUCCCCCCUCCCCCCCCCCGCCCCAUGUCAUCGCAGAGGUGGGUCAGACAGCUGGACCCGGAUCCUACUCAAGAAAUCUGGCUCCUGGACUCCAUUGUCCAUGGAGAUCCUGCUCCGGGAUUUCUUUCCAACCUAUGUAUUAGCCACCAGCCUGGACUCCAUGCUCCCUGGAGGCCAACCAACAUAUUAGACCUCUUGGAUUGGAGUCCAUUCCCCAUUGGACUCCAGCUCCAGGCUUUCCUUCAGUGCGUGAAUACCUCUGGUCUAAGCAUUAAUUUCCUCAAUUAUUAUUAUUAUUAUUAUUAUUUUAUUAUGACUAAUUAUAAGAAGAGGCCUAAAGCCCACAGCACAUUCCACACAGACGUGCCAAGCAAAGUCUGGUAACUUAUGUAUUAAUUAAACUGUUAAAGGAUCACU